GAUGCCAAAGUGAUGAGUGUCUGAAUUAGGGAAGAAGCUGUGGAAGGAUUGGCUGUUGGAUAGAUGAGGAUGAGGGUAAAGCUAGCACCAAGAGUUCUUGCCUGAAUCUUGGUGAAAGGACUAGAGUAGAAAGGUCUAGGAUCCUUAAUGAGGCUAUGACUUGCUUCACACUUCCAUCUUCACACUUAUAUCUCCUAUCACAGUGCCUUCCAAGUGAAAUAAUUUAGUAGAUAACUUUUUACUAGAUGACUACAAGAACUUAGUUGAUAUUGUAGUCAAUAGGAAAUACAAGGGUAAAAUUUCUGAGAAAUUUCAGACUUACAGAGACUUUAAAUUGAGGAUCAAGUUUUGUUUACUUUUCUUAUUUCCAAAGAGAAGCAAAAACAUCAUGUUUUCCCACCUUUGUAAAUUUGUAUCAACACUUUAUAGAAGUGAUUGUUUCUAAGGCUUGGGCUGUCAAAAUGUAACAGUGUUGAUUAAGUUAACAAAGAGUCUACUAACUUUAGUUUCAAAAUGUAGCAGGAAUAAACCAAGAUACAAGUUGAUCAAGGUGUAGACUCCUCAGAUAGUUCCUCAUUUUCCACAGCAGAUAAUAUUCUUAAAGUUCUCUUGGUAGGAUGUGUGUGUGUGUGUGUGUGUGUGUGUGUGUGUGACUAUAAGUGAUUGUGGUUUUUAAACAACCUGAGAGUUCAUCUUUGUUGUAUAAAUAAUUUUCCUUAAGUUUUAAUUUUGUAUAUAUUAAAUUCUCUUAAAAAAGGCACACUUAUAUUUUCUUUAGCUGAGUUGAUGGCUCCUGGAGAACUGGCAUAGCUGCAGAAUAUGAGUAGUUUCCCAAGAAGAGUGCAUUGCCUUUGGCACAAGGAGCAGAAUAAAGGUGAAUUGUUAUUACAUAGGGUUUUUCAGUAAAAGUCACUGAAAAAACCUAUCAGGUGAAUGUAUAUUUUUGCUUUAUACUUCGGCUAGAAGCAAUUUAUUUUUAAAGAAAAUGUCUCCUCUGAAGAUACAUGGUCCUGUCAGAAUUCGAAGUAUGCAGACUGGAAUUACAAAAUGGAAAGAAGGAUUUUUUGAAAUUGUGGAAAAAGACAAUAAAGUCAGCCUAGUAGUUCAGUAUAAUACUGGAGGAAUUCCAAGGAUAUUUCAGCUAAAUCAUAACAUUAAAAAUGUGGUGCUUCGACCCAGUGGAGCAAAACAAAGCCGCCUAAUGUUAACUCUACAAGACAAUAGCUUCUUGUCUAUUGAUAAAGUACCAAGUAAAGAUGCGGAGGAUAUGAGGUUGUUUCUAGAUGCAGUCCAUCAAAACAGACUUCAUGCAGCCAAUAAGCCUCCUCCAGGAUCUGGUAGUUUUGGAGCCAUUCUGAGCAGCAGAGCAUCACAGAAGGAAACGAAUAGGCAACUUUCUUAUUCAGACAAUCAGGCCUCUUCAAAAAGAGGAAGUUUGGAAACUAAAGAUGAUAUUCCAUUUCGAAAAGUUCUUGGUCAUCCAGGUAGAGGAUCGAUUAAGACUGUACCAGGAAGUGGCAUAGUUGUUCCUCGAGCGAUUCCUUCUUUAUCACCCACAUCAACACCUCUUAGAUCAGGAUUGUUAGAAAACCGCACUGAAAAGAGAAAAAGAAUGCUAUCAUCUGGCUCAGAGCUGAAUGAAGAUUACCCUAAGGAAAAUGAUUCAUCAUCGAAUAACAAGGCUAUGACAGAUCCCUCAAGAAAAUACUUAAUCAGCAGUAGAGAAAAGCAGCUGAGCUUGAAACAGUCAGAAGAAAAUCGAACCUCAGGACUUUUACCUUUGCAAUCAUCAUCAUUUUAUGGUAGCAGAGCUGGAUCCAAGGAUUAUACUUCUGGCAGCACUAACCUUGAUAGGAUUAAUGUUUCAAGCCAGACUCCCACUGCCAAAAGAAGUUUGGGAUUUCUUCCUCAGCCAGCUCCUCUUUCUGUGAAAAAACUGAGGUAUAACCAGGAUUACACUGGCUGGAACAAACCAAGAGUGCCCCUUUCCUCUCACCAACAGCAGCAACUACAGGGAUUCUCCAACUUGGGAAAUACAUGCUAUAUGAAUGCUAUUUUGCAGUCUCUGUUUUCACUCCAGUCAUUUGCAAACGACUUACUUAAACAGGGUAUCCCAUGGAAGAAAAUUCCACUUAAUGCACUUAUUAGACGCUUUGCACACUUGCUUGUUAAAAAAGAUGUCUGUAAUUCAGAGACUAAAAAAGAACUACUCAAGAAGGUUAAAAAUGCCAUUUCAGCCACAGCAGAAAGAUUCUCUGGUUAUAUGCAGAAUGAUGCUCAUGAAUUUCUAAGUCAGUGCCUAGACCAACUGAAAGAGGAUAUGGAAAAGUUAAAUAAAACUUGGAAGUCUGAGCCUGUUCUUGGGGAAGAAAAUUCACCAGAUACUUCAGCAACCAGAGUAUACACUUGUCCUGUUAUUACUAAUUUGGAGUUUGAGGUUCAGCACUCCAUCAUUUGUAAAGCAUGUGGAGAAACUAUUCCCAAAAGAGAACAAUUUAAUGAUCUCUCCAUUGACCUUCCUCGAAGAAAAAAACCACUCCCUCCUCGCUCAAUUCAAGAUUCUCUUGACCUUUUCUUUAGGGCAGAAGAACUUGAAUAUUCUUGUGAAAAAUGUGGUGGAAAGUGUGCUCUUGUCAGGCACAAAUUUAACAGACUUCCCAGGAUCCUCAUUCUUCAUUUGAAACGAUAUAGCUACAAUGUGGCUCUCUCACUUAACAACAAGAUUGGACAGCAAGUCAUCAUUCCAAGAUACCUGACCUUAUCAUCUCAUUGCACCGAAAAUACAAAACCACCUUUUACUCUUGGUUGGAGUGCACAUAUGGCAAUUUCUAGACCAUUGAAAGCCUCUCAAAUGGCGAAUUCCUGCAUCAUCUGCCAUUCUACACCUUCAAAGAAAUUCACCUUCAAAUCCAAAUACUCCUUGGCUUUAUGCCUUGAUUCAGACAGUGAAGAUGAACUCAAACGUUCUGUGGCCCUUAGCCAGAGACUUGGUGAAAUAUCAGGCAGUGAAGAGCAGCAAGAAGACCUGGAAAAAGAUGCAAAACUAUGCAAAACAGAGCCUGAUAAGUCUGAAUUGGAAAACUCAGGCUUUGAUAGGAUGAGUGAAGAGGAGCUGCUAGCAGCUGUCUUAGAGAUCAGUAAGAGAGAAGCUUCACCAACACCCAGUCAUGAUGAUGAUGAUAAACCAACUAACAGCCCCGACACUGGAUUUGCAGAAGAUGAAGUUCAAGAAUUGCCUGAGAAUCCAGACAUUGUGGAAACUGAAAAGCCCAAAACAGUAACAGAGCCAGAGCCUGCUAGUUUUACUGAAAUAACGAAAGAUUGUGAUGAGAAUAAAGAAAACAAAACUCCAGAAGGAUCUCAGGGAGAGAUUGAUUGGUUCCAGCAGUACGAUAUGGAACAUGAAAGAGAAGAACAAGAGCUCCAGCAGGCAUUGGCCCAAAGCCUUCAAGAGCAAGAAGCUUGGGAACAGAAAGAAGAUGAUGACCUCAAAAGAGCUACAGAAUUAAGUCUCCAAGAGUUUAACAACUCCUUUCUGGAUGCCACGGGUUCAGAUGAAGACUCUGGUAAUGAGGAUGUUUUUGAUAUGGAAUACACAGAAGCAGAAGCUGAGGAACUAAAAAGAAAUGCUGAGACAGGAAAUCUCCCUCAUUCCUACCGACUCAUCAGUGUCGUCAGUCACAUUGGUAGCACCUCUUCUUCAGGUCAUUACAUUAGUGAUGUGUAUGAUAUAAAGAAACAGGCCUGGUUUACUUACAAUGAUCUAGAGGUAUCUAAAAUCCAAGAGGCUGCCGUGCAGAGUGACCGGGAUCGGAGUGGUUACAUCUUCUUUUACAUGCACAAGGAGAUCUUUGAUGAGCUGCUUGAAACGGAAAAGAACACUCAAGCACUCAGCGUGGAAGUGGGGAAGACUGCCCGUCAAGCCUCAUGAAGACAGACUCUGGGUUGGCAAUGUGUGUUCUCUCUCCUACUGCCGCCUAACCUUUACUCUGCCCAAAGAGAAUUUGAAAUUCUCCUUGAUGCAGGAGCAACAGACAGCUCAGGGCCAAACCAAAAGACAAAAAUUGCAGAGUGUUCCAUGCUAUUUAAUGGAAACUGGUCUCAUCUGUAGCUGAUAGUCUUCUUUUUCUCCUACAAGAGUGGCGCUUCCUUUUGUCUUAGAAAUACAUAUUGUAAAUAUAUAUAUAUGUAUAUGAACAUAAAGACACACAUAUAUGGAAUGAAUGGAGCCUUAACGAGUUCAGGUGAACCACCCACGUUAGCCUGCUUGCCAUUAAUAGCACAGCAGUUUGGAGGAUAAGUCAAAGAAUCAGAGUCUAUUCAUCUGAGAAAUGUGUGAAUGUAUACAUCAGUUGGCUUUUAAACUUUUAUGUUCCUUGAGAAUUUUCACUCAAGUCUGUGACCUUUUAUUUGUGUAUCUUUGAGUAAAGUUCACUGGAAAGCCAGCUCUCCAUGUUACACUAAUGAUGGUUUGUUGUCCUUGCAAGAGGCAUUUCUGUCACUUAACUCGAAGUUUUUGUUUUCCUUAAUUUUAUGAGUCUCGUGCCUGUCCUGUUUAUCUACAAUUCUGAAGAAAUGGAUUGUUGGUGCUUUGGAAUGUGUUCUGGCCCCACAUCUGGUGUUCAUUGUAUACUUCACGUUUUCUUUAAAGAGAUUCCUUCACAUACUGUUCCUCAUAAUCUUCUAUAUUAUCGUUAUCAUUAAGAUGGAAUCGUGUCUUUUCUUCUGCAUCAUUCUUCCAUGGAGCAGGCAUAACCUUAGUGGGUUUUGACCAAAACUUUAAAAUGCAAAGAGAUCAUAUUGCUCCAGUUGGGACUUCCCAGCAGGGAUGAUAAGGGUAAGGAAAAGCAGAGCAGUCAAGCAGUGUGCUGCUGUGGUAUAGCUCAAAUUCUACACUGCUAAAGCUAAAGAAAAGCUAUAAAGCUCUGGGAACAAGGUGAAAUUAAGUAUAUGAGCUAUAGGUCAGAGCUUGACUAUUUAAGGGGCAAAGUCAAACAGUAAAUGGUCAAAGCAAGGUGAGGAUUAAAAUGUGGCUGAUUUAGGUAAUCCUAAGAACUAACAAAUAACAAGGAUGCAACAGAUACAGACAUACACACCCCUUAUUAGUUGAGACUGAGUGGGAGUGCAAUAUAAAGUGCUACGGCAGUCCUUAGCCAGCACAACCAGCUGGGUUAAGUGGCUACGGAACCAUAGAAAAGAUGAGCUUGAGAGAAAUCUGUGAGCCCAGAUGUCUUUAGACCCACACAGAAUUAAGAAUAACAAAAUGAAAUCUUCCAUUAUUUUCUUGCCUGUGUUUUCUUAUUUUGAUUAUAAGGAAGAGGAUUCCUCUUCAGUUCUGAGGUAGAGAUGAAACCACAUCAGGUUUUCAAGGGCAGGAAACAUUGGAACCCAUCAUCACUGAAAAUGUAAACAUCUUUUCUGGAAGAUUGCCCUUAGAGAACUCCAGCCCAACUCUUAGAACCUUGGGUGUGUUCUGAUAUAGUAAUAGAUAUUCAACUUUUGGAUCUUUGAAUUCUAAAUGGCCUUAGCACUUUAGUUUAACUACCAACGAAUGCUUUGCCUCCUGACAUCUACCUACACACAUCAUAGUAAUGAUCCACAGUGAUACUCAUAGUAGAAUAUGCAGGAGUACUUCAGAACAGUAUUUGUUUUAAAAGCUAACAUUUAAACUUUUGCUUCAGUUCUGCCAGAAGCCUCAUUUUGUCUUGUUUUGCUUGAACACAACUGGUUUUCUCAUAGAUGAGUGAAGUGAUGACCAUAUUCUUUAGCUAGUUAUUGUCCUGUCUGUCGAUAAUUGAGGGCAUAGAGGUUUUAAAAAUGACUGGGAAUGAUUUGGAGUGACACCUGCAGAAAUUAUGCCAUAAGCCUAGACUACUUUGUGAAGCCGUUUUAUUUUUAAUCCAUUCGUGGCUUGAUGGUGUGUGUGGCUUUGAAGUAUUCUUCUCACAAGAGCCUUCAUAUUUAGGGCAGGACUUGUUAGUUAAAAAUAGGUUACUAGAGCAUAAGAGGUUUUUCACUGCUCGUUCUUGUCAAUUUAGGACUUGAAGUUUACUAUGUGUUCAUCCUUGUGGCCUUGUCAGCCUUCUCCUUCCUUCUCUCCUUUUUAACUUAACUCGAUUUGGCUACAAAUGGAGCUUGAAGCUAGACUGUGUUAAUGAGGUGGUGGCUAUUUUGAGCUGUCUGUAUAUAAAGUUAUAAAUAAAUAUCCUUUUUUUUGCACAGUGUGAUCAGUUUGCUUAUAGUAGGAUGAUGGGGAAGUUAGCAUAUUUGGGACAGGAAGAGACAAAUUAGAUAGGGAUAGGGUUCUUCAGCUCCAAGCAUUCUGCACAAUAACUAACCUUCAUAGUCAAAAUAUCAAGUGUGUGGUUACAAUGACAUUGAAUUGGAAUUGGAUAACAAUUAGAUUGGGAGGGGGGCCUUGCCAGUACUGGGGCUUGAACUCAGAACCUUGCAUUCGCCUGCCUUUCUUUUUUUCACUGAUGGCUAGUGCUCUACCCUUUGAGCCACACCUCCAAUUCUGGCAUUUUGCUGAGGAUAAGAGUUGUGAAUUUGUUUUCCCUGGGCUAGCUUUGAAUUGCAGUUCAGAGUUCUUAGACUCUUGAGUAGCUAGGAUUGUAGGAGUGAGCCACCAGCGCUCUGCUUAGGUGGUAUAUGCUUUGAUCUUAGUUGAAAUUUUUCAGAAGGGAAAAUUAAGCUAACACUUGGUUUAUUCUCUUAUGGAGAAUUGGUGAGCUGUGUGGCUAGAUGCUUUUAUCCUUUAAGUAACUAAUUCAGGCCUUUGAGAAGAUAGACUGGCUCUUGUUUUAUAGGGAUAUAUGUGUGAACACACUCAAAUUCUGUUUUUGGUUUUGUUUUGGUUUUUUUUGUGUGUGCCAGUAUUGGGGCUUGAACUCAAGAACCCCUUUUCUCUUUCCUGCUCACUUAAAAUCUGGGCUGGUGCAGUGUUGCUUAAGUCAUGCCUCCAUUUCCAGCUUUUUGCUGAUUAAUUGGAAAUAGAGUCUUGAGCAAAUGGUUCUGAACCUUGGCUCUCAGCUCUCAGCCUCCUGAGGAG